AAAAACAGGAGAAGGAAGAGCUAAGGUCACAUCAAUUCCACCUCCCAACUCCUCACCCUUGCUUCUCUUUCCUUCCAAGCCGCCCCACCCCCCCUUCCCCUUUUUCAUAAUUCCAUUCUCCUACUGUGUUCUUUCUCCUUUCUCCCUGAAGCUAACCUUCUGAUGCGUUGUGUGAAAACGCCUUAAGAGGGGGAUCGCAUAGAAAAAAAGAGGCUCUUCCAAGUUCUGCUACGAAUUCAGAUUAGGGGCAAUGGGUUCUCAGGGGAGCCCUGCUCCUUGGCCGACAUAUGACGAUUUCAGGGACUGCUCCAGGGGAAUUUGCAGCAUAUACUGCCCACAGUGGUGCUACAUAAUCUUCCCUCCUCCGCCUCCCGACAACGAUUCCAGCUCCGGCUUAUCCCCACUGGUCAUCGCCCUCAUCGGCAUCCUGGCCAGUGCUUUCCUGCUAGUAAGCUACUACACCAUAGUCUCAAAAUACUGCAGGAGGAGAGGAGAUCAUCAAAACCCAGGUGCCGAAUUGGAAGAUGAUCACAGCCAAAUGAACCACGAGCCCUGGCAGGUCAAUUCGGCCGGGUUAGACGAAUCGCUGAUCAAGUCCAUCACAGUCUGCAAGUACACGAAGGGAGAUGGGUUGGUUGAAGGAACAGAGUGCUCUGUUUGUCUCAGUGAGUUUAUGGAAGAGGAGAGCCUCCGGUUGUUGCCUAAGUGUAACCAUGCUUUUCACAUCCCCUGCAUUGACACCUGGCUAAAAUCUCACACAAACUGCCCCAUGUGCCGCUCAAAUAUUGCAAUUCUCAAUCCUUCACCGUCGCCAGCCCCAGCUCCACAGAACCCUGCUGCUCUGCAGAUCUCUUCUCUUCAAAUUCAGCAUCCGAACGCCGCAGUUUUGAUGGUCGAUCAUCUCGGAAUGGGUCAUCACGAGGAGGUGGUGGUAAGCUUUACUGCCCCAAAGACUCCCUUCGAUCAAUUUGAAGCUCCUAGUGAGGAGGAGAGUACAAGAAAAAAUGGCAUGAACAUGAUUGGGGUUACACAGGAGGAGCUUCAGCAGUUAAGAAGAUCCAUUUCCUUGGAUUCUUUUUCCGGUCAAGGCCGCUUACUGAUCGCUGACAUAUUGCGUGCUAAUGAAGAUGACUGCAAAAUUGAAAUGGGAAACUGCAAAUUUCCAAUGGGCGGUGGAUCUUCAACAGAACAUGUUCGAGAAGACGGCAAAUCAAAUAAUACAAGCAGUGUGUUGAAUUUAGUUAGGAGUCCUGCUGCAGUGAAGAGAUCCAUUUCAACCGGAAGAUUCAUGCUGCCAAGGCAUGACAAGGGGAAGAAUUCUAUAAUUCCCAAUUGAGAACUAUUCUUUUAGUUUCUAUUGUACAAAAGCUGCAUCGUUCUUGUUUCGUUCUGUACAUUCAUCAUAGACAAGAAAUCUGGGGGCUUUACCGAGAAUUUGGCAUGAGAUCUACAUACAUACACACAUAUUCAUAUAUGCAUACGAACACAUAUAUGUGCAUGUAGAUGCAUCAAAUUUAUGUACAUUAUAUGGUUAAUUUCAUGUAACUUCUUUAGGUUAGGAAGUGUUUGAACCUGUGAUUUCUCCAUCGUUUUUGCACUUCGGUUUACCAGUACACUGUUCUAUUUAUAUGCUUGUGCAAACGUGAAUCAACUAUCUGGAAUUGAUGCUCUAAUUAAAGGGCAAAAAAGAAUAAAUCCAGGGCUUCCAUUUUUA